AUGGAAAAAAUCUAUGCAUUUGAAGUCGGCUCUCCUGCUACCGGUUCUACAUGCUCAUCCAUGAUUUAUGGUUUGGCUGAUGCCACCAUAUCAAGGCUCAAAAUUACGGAUCAUACGGAGGAGAAUGCUGAAUCCACACUUUUAAUUACUGCAGACACAGUAGUGGUUUAUGAUGGGACAAUCAGAGAAAAACCAUCCAGCAAGGAAGAAGCACGCCAGUUUAUCAAAGGCUAUUCUGGUGGUCAUGUCUCAGUUGUGGGAUCUGUAAUAGUGAGCAACCUUACAACGGGUGGCAGAAAAGGAGGAUGGGGCAAGGCAGAGGUCUAUUUCCACGAUAUUCCAGAUGAGGUCAUUGAUAGCCUGGUUGAGGAGGAAAUUAUGCUCAAUGUCGCUGGGGAUUUGAUGCUUGAACAUCCGCUGACAUUGCCCUUCGUUGACACUGUGGUAGGAACUGCUGGUAGUGUUAUGGGACUUCCUAAAGCUCUCAGGGAGAAUCUGAUUCAGGAAGCCCUCUAG